UGGAGUUGAGAAACAAAAAAAAAAUUGUAUCUUUUUUGCACUCAAAACUAAAGGCAUUAAUUUACGCAAUGGACACAAUGCUUCAACACACAAACAGCCAGUAUUUUGGGACAGACGGCAAGGAUAUUUAAUCGAUGAUUGAGGACCCAAAAGCAUGGCUGAGUUUCUCGACGAAGCUAGGGGAGGUAGCAGUCCUUAAGAGACGAUUUCCAGAUUUCAAGAUUUUCCAUAUACUAAGAGAGCAUAACUCGACAACAUAUGGUUUGUCUAGGAUAGCUCAGACUUUUUAUCGUGAUUUAAUUUUUGUUAGUUGUUCUAUUCCGGUAUGGAUUUUCAGACAACCUAUAGUUUGAGUAAUAUAAUAGCUUUCUGAUGUCAAAACAAUAAUAAAAAUAGUAAUUUAUAAUAUAUUUUGGAAAAUGAACAUAUAUUAAAUUAUUCUAAACAAUGCGAAAAUAUUCUUACCAUCCAAAAUGAAAAAAAUGAACUAAUGCGAUAAAUAAAAUCAAUCCAAUUUGGCUUAACAAGAAUUAAAAUAACUGUACUUUAAUUUGAAAAAUAUAUGUCACUCAAUAUACCCACAAAAUGAUUAAUUGGAUUAAUCUAGUUUCUUAUAUCCAAAAUCAAAGAUCUAACAAAUAAAUAUAAAAUAUGAACUAAUUGCUACAAUUUAAUUCGUUCGUAAAAUAUAUGCAUGAGAUUUGAAAAUAUUAUCGUUAUAGUCAUUUGUGUAAUUUUGAAUCGAUUAACACUUAAGUUUAAUUUUUCAAUUUAAUUUUCAAAAUAAUCGAUUAACACUUGUAACCAUAAUUUAUUAAGUCGAUUAAUUUUUAUUUAUUUUAAUAAUAAUUGGCAGCCACUUAUAUGGGUUACACUAAGGGUUAAAUUAGCAUUAUUACAUAAAUAUACUUUGUAUUUUAGUUUUUUUAGGUCAAAUAGUUAAACAGUCAAUUAUUAAAUUUUUGUGUGUUAUAGAAGCAAAUUUCCCAAUCUUUUAUCUCAUAUAAUAGUUAUCUCACUAAUUCAUCCAUAUUUUACCUCUUGCCACCGGUAAAAUCAUUCAAAAAUAGAGCAUACCCUAGAAAGCUGUAAACGUUUUUCUCAUUUCUAUUUUUCUGCAAAACCAAAACAGAAUACACAUGGCUGACUGGAUUAAAUAAACUGUGUUUAAUAGCCCAUAUAAAGCCUGACGCGACGUCAAUAACAAUGUUCUCGAUAUGGAGAUAGAGGAAAAGCAUAACCCUAAUUCUCAUGAACGUCUCAAACCAAGAGAUACACCCAAAUCCUGGUCCGAGCUUCCUCUUGAUCUCUUGAUUUCUGUUUUCAAACGCCUCAGCUUUGCUAAUUUCCAACGAGCAAAAUCGGUAUGUUCGUCUUGGCACUAUUCUUCCAGACAAUGCGUGCCCAAAAACCAGACCCAUUGGUUGAUCCUAUUCCCCGAAGACAAUAACAGCGACAACAAUUCUUGCACGUUGUUCAAUCUCGAGGAAGAAGAUAAACUUUACAGAACAAAAGAUCUUGGUCUGGACUUCGCAAAGAGUUUUUGUAUGGAGACCUACGGAAGCUGGCUCUUGAUGUGCAACCGUAUGCAUAAUCUCUACAUUGUGAAUCUCUUUACACAUGAGAGGAUCGAUCUACCUCCCGUGGAGGCACAGCGUGGAGUGACAAAGAUGGAGCGAACCUUAGAUGAUGACGUGUUUCGCAUUACGAGUCACAACGGAAAAGAGUAUAAAGGUAUUCGUCUACGAUCUCCAGUGCUUUGGAUUGAUGAGAAAACCAGAGAAUAUGUUGUGUCAUGGGAGCUGCGUGGAUUGUGCGUAGUUUAUUCGAGAAAAGGAGAUACCUCGUGGAAUCAAAUUCCUGAAACCUCAAGCUGCUGUGACAUUGUUUACAGGGACUCCAAGCUUUACUUCUUAAGCUUGUUUGGUCAGUUCAGAAUCUUCGAUUUUUCUGGAGAAUCUCCACAAGAAACCUUUCAGUGUGGGGUUAUUGUGGAAAGAUUUCGGUUAGGUAUCCAACUUCGUCAACGAAGUAACUCCUUGAGCAUUGUUGCUACCAAACUUGUAGUCACAGUAACAGGAGAAGUCCUCAAGGUUGAGAAACUGUGGAGACCGAGGUCUGAAACCUGGUCCUUCCGUGUUUUCAAGGUCUAUUCAUCAGGAUUCCUGAAGAAACAUGAUCGGAUUUAUUCUUUGGGUGACGAGUCAAUGCUUUUGGAUCAAGGCAUCACAGUUCUCGCCAGUGACACUGAUGGAUUCAUUAAAAACUCCGUCUACUUCAGUGUUAGUCAUGGAAAGGACGUACAUGACAUGUUUCUUUUUAACCUCGAGACACAGACAACAGAGCUGUUGCACAAAUUUAAUUGUUCUUCAGUUCAAUUCUCUAGAGCUCGAUGGUUUUUACCAAGUUUUAGGCAAACGUGA